AUGGCGCCCUCCAGAGCAGCAGCAUCAGCAGUGGCAGCAGCACUCACCCGCCUCGCGCCGCGGCUGCCAUCGUCCGUUGGAGUCCGCUUCCGUCCUGCCGCUGCUGCGGUCGGCUUUGCGGACGUAGCUGGCAGACGCGCUUUCGGCUCCUCGCGCGCGCUGAGGGACGAGGUCGAGGCGCCGGAUUUCCUCGACGAGGGCGAGCUGCAUGUUUUCAAUAAAGUGAAGGCGGCGCUGGAGCCCGUGAGGCUGAAUGUCCAGGAUAUCUCGGGCGGCUGCGGCUCCAUGUACGGCAUUGAGAUCGAGUCGGCCAGGUUCCGCGGCAUGACGGUCAUCAAGCAGCAUAAGCUGGUGAACGAGAUCCUGAAGGACGAGAUCAAGAACUGGCAUGGGGUGCAGUUGCGGACGAAGGCGGCGCCGGCCUAG